CCUCAAGGUCGGGACACGGUUCGGAAACAUUUGCAUAAAGCCCUAAAAAGGGAGAUUGUCUGGGCAGACGAGGUGAUAACGACCAACGAGCACACGCGAGGAGGAAGGCCAACACACACAGGCAAGGGAGGCAGGCACACCCCCGCACACACUCGACCUUAUGCGCCAAACUCGAACAACAGAAGCUGCCAAAGAAAGACGACCCGGUAGCACAAAUCCGCUUCUUCAUUUUCUUUGAGGGGACGCAAGGACGCCAGAGGACACUUGGAUUCCAGGGCGGUUGAGGAGUCAAGGGCAAAGCAGGAGGAGGAGGAGGAGGAAGAAGUUCCAAUCGGAGCGCUUUGGACUUUAUUCUUAAAAAUGGAACAGUCGCCGCAGAUUUGGCACACGCAGGCGGACCACCCGGAGGCUACCGGCGAGCCCCAAAAGAAGAUGUCCAUCACGAGCCAGCUGGAGUGCCCCAUCUGCUACAACACCUACGACAACGUCUUCAAAACGCCAAAGUUGUUGACGUGCACCCACACCUUCUGCCUGGAGUGCCUCUCCCGCCUCAUGGCCAUCUCGCCGGCGGAGCACGACGGCGCCGCUGAGGGGACGUCGCAUCUCUUUUGCCCUUUCUGCCGCCACAGCACCACAUUGCCAGAAGGGGGCCCCCCGUCUCUGCCCACCAACCACGAAAUGCUGCACAAGCUGCCCGGCCACCAGCAGCAGGAAGAGCCCGUUUGGCUGGAUGGGGAGAAGCUGUGUUACAAAAGCAACAGGCCGGCGUCCGACAGCCUCUCGGCUUUGUGCAUCUGCAUCGACAUUGGCGCCGACAAGCGGGGCGGUGCUCCGGUUCAGUCGCCGUCUCAGAAUUCAGGCCUGCUGGACCGGAUGGCAGACUGGAAGCGGAUGAUGCUCUUCGUGGUGCUUAUGGUGCUGCUGGUAAUUGUGGUGCUGUGGCCGCUGCAGUGUAUAUUCAGCACUGGAAACAUGCGAUGUAUGCAGAUGGUCCGCCCGAACCGCACCGCCGUCACCGCGACCAUGGUCCCCGCUUUUGACCCACUAAACCGACCUGCGCGUCUGUCAGAAUAGACAUGAACAAUAAUCGACAGGGGGCGGGGACUUGACUCCGUGUGUAGUUUGCGGAUCACAUCAGAGGGAUGGCCUGAAGAAAAUGCUCUGGAAAUAGUUUCACUUUUUGUAAAUAGUUUCACUUGUGACGGGCUCACUGUGUUUUCCAUUUGAUUUUCCUCCUGCAGCACUUGGCCACAAGAGGGCGCUCUCCUGAAGUUUUUUUUUUAAAUCUGCUGACACCCCCUAUUGGUAGUCUGGAAAAAUACACAAUAUACACUUCAUAUUUCACUUUUUCCGCAGACUAUUUUGUUGCUUUUCAAUGAAAGGCUCAUUUGUCCAAAUUUUGUGGGUCUAAAGAAAAAAUGACUCCGACAUAUACUUUAUUAAUCCCAUAAAGGAAAUCAGGGAAGCAAUUACUUUCAAUUGUGCUGUUAUUGCUGUCUAGGAUCCAUUUUAUGUUAAGAAAUUCAAUCAAGAAAAUGUGAAAUUCAAAAAUCUGGCUCGCUAGAAUUGAAUUGGACAGACACGCUUUUCAUUGCAGAGCAACACUUUGAAGGUUUGGCAUCAUUUAAUAUCUUGACUUUAUUAACUGAGCCAGAUGCAAAUGGACUUGAUCUACGCUGCAUUCCGACAGGAAGGGGAAACG